CCGACUAUUGCAGAUUUCGCUGCUGAAUUUAGAAUUCUUAAUACGUUUAGGCAUGGAUCUCAUCAGCUGCUAUCUGACCCUGUUUUUGACACGCAAGCUAAAACAUAAGGUGAAAACAAUCGGCCUCCUUGCAUUGUAUUGGCAUUCUGCAGAAGCACACAACUAACCCAGUUUGACGUUCGCUUUAUGGGCUAUGACAGACACCGUAGUUAACAUGUUUUCUCCACGAGGGCUGUUACCAAGGAAACGGCGGUCCACACAGCGCUGCCUGUAACACGAGAUUUUUCCCAUCGUUAAUGUCGAGGAUUUCAAGUUUGUUAACGCAUUCCCUCUAAAUAAAUAUAAUGUCUGGACAAAGUGAUAGCUGUAAGGAUGACGAGCUAUAUGCAUCUGACAUAAUUAAAAACGCCAUUCGGAAGACUUCUUCAUCGUCAUUGGAUUUAAGCAAAAAAAGACUUAAGAUGCUUACUGAUGAUAUAUAUCAAGCUUCGAGAAUUGAAAAUCUAUACCUUGAAGGAAAUGAACUCUUGAAUGUACCAGAUGACUUCUUUUCUAAAAUGCCUAAUCUGUUAUGGCUAGACCUAAGGAAUAAUAACCUCACUUCUCUUCCGGCAUCCAUAGGACAGCAUUGCUGUCUGAAAACAUUAUUGUUGGAAGGGAAUCCUAUUCAGAAACUACCAAUUGAACUAGGUAAUUUGUACACACUUACAGCCCUGAAUCUGAGAAAUUGUCCAAUUGAAUUUCCUCCUGAAGAUGUUGUAAAGGAAGGAUUGCAGUGUAUUCUUAAAUUCUUAAGGAAUGAAAUGAAACGAAUAUCUGUGAAUACAAUUAUGCCAAAGGAAGAAAUUCCUGAAAUUGAGAAGCUCAAACUAAGUGAAUUGGAAAAUUCUAAUUUAGCAGUUUCAGAUGAAUGGCCUAAUGAAGAAGAAUUGCUGAAGUUUAAAACCCUCAAGGAACAGAUGAUGCAAGAUGAGGAAGAUAUGAGAAACUGGGUAUUUCCUCAGCUGACUCCCACUGUGAAUAUGCCUCUGAUGAAUAUAAAAGACAACAGAAAAACAAAAACGUUAAAUGCUACAAGAAAAAAUGGAUUUCUGAAGAGAACCCCAGAAUUACAUGUUGCAGAUAUGCACAAUAAUGGCAAAACAGAGGAAAAGCUAGCAAUAUUAAGUGAAGAAAAAAAAAUGCAAGAACUACUUGAACAGCGGAAAAAAGACCAUGACACUUUGAAGGAUUGGAGAGAGAAAACAAAAAACUUGCAAGAGAAAAAGCAAAGAGAACAGGGGUUUUUGUUUAUAGAUCCAGUUAAACGAGAUAAGGUUCCACAAAGUGCACCAUAUGCAACAGAUCCUGCCUUUUACUGCAUUACCAACAGUCAAGAACAUUCAAAUAAAAAAAUACACGAACAAAAAGGAAAACAACAGAAUAUUACAAACAUCAAAGAAGCUGAGGAUAUAAGGGUUGCUCGAGAUAAAGAGUUAGAGAAUCGAAUUAGGUCUCAUAUCCAGAUGUUGCAGGAAAGAAGAAGGAAACCAAAAGGAACAUCUCAGGAGGAAAUUGCUGCUAUAAGAAAAGAAAUGGAAGCUGCUGAGAGACUUAAAUCAGACCUUCUUCAGAGAAAAAUGGAGAGUGACAUUCCACUUGAAUAUCUUUUUACCACUUUUACUGGAGAACAUUUACCAAGAAAUGCAUCUUACUGACAACAUGAUAUUUUGUUUGAAAAUAUGUUAAGAAAAUAAUGUGUGAAUUUUUCAACUGCCUUUAUCAUUCUUGUUACUAAAAACUACUUAUUGCAUAUGGAAUAAGAAAAAUUCAUAUUUUAUUAAUGUCAGUUUAUUUAAAAAAUUAUGUUACUGCUUUAUUUAGCUUGUGGAUUAUUGUGAGGAUUGUAUAAAAAUGACUAAAAAAUAAAGCAUUAGCAGACAUGGUUUCACUGAAAUAUAUUUGUAAAUAAUUGAAUGAAAUAAUGGCUAAAGCUCAUAUGACAUG